UCUUGAUCUACAAAAAUAUCAAAAUUUGGCUAAUGAGGUGCACGGGCUUCGAAAUUGUUUACAAACUCUCCAGCAGAAUAGAGAAAUGCUGCAACAAAUAUUAGCAGCUUCCAACCAAAACAAUCAAAAUUUAGAUGCUAAUUUAUUCCAAAAUAUUCGACAGAUAAAUGAUCCGCGGCAAUUUGAGGAGAAUAGAAAUAUGGUUAACGUGUUACUUGCUCAUUCAUGUUUGAAUCUGACGGAGAUUCAAAAUUUAAUUAAUUCAACCGAUAUUGCUGAUAUACAAAUUCAAUAUGAAAUAUUGGGUCAAAAGGAGACACGUCUUCGACAUCUUUUUGAUAGACUUAACCAACAAAUACAAACAAUUUCACAAAUAAAUCCUUUAAUGGCACAGCAAUUGGCGCAACAACUUAAGGUUAUUCAAAGACAGGGAGAAAAUAUUCAUCAUCAUGAAGCUGGUCCAUCACACCAAGUUCAAGCUGGAGUCGGUCCCUCACACUAUCAAGAGGAAGCCGGUCCCUCACACCAUCAAGGUGAAGCCGGUCCCUCUCAUCAAUUCCACGCUGGAGAUGCUCCGCGUCACUUCCAAGGUAAUUAUUAA